UCCUGCAGCCACAGCGCCUCACAGGUCCUCCGCACACACAGCCACCAGGCGUCUCAGCAACAGCUUCCUAACAGGAGUCGGCACGUGAUGAGGCUCGCGACAGCAUGGCGGCUAGCGGCGCUGCUGCUGGCGACAGCGGCGGCCACAGCGACGGCGGCGGCGGACUCCGAGGAGUGGGCGUGGGGCGGCGGCCGCGACGCCAGGACGCAGCAGCUGGCGCCCUCCGCCCCCACGGCGGCCGCCUCCGCCCCCGCCCCCGGCGCCGGCGUCCCGCCCUCGGCCGCUGACGCAGGCGUGCUGCAGCAGGUGGUGGACUCGAUCCUGCAGUCCGGCCGGCAGGGCCGCAACCUGGACGGCUACGACGACGUGUACAGCGACCCCAACGUGCAGCACGCGCUCACCGCCGGCAACGACACGCAGGCGCGCCACUACAUCCGCGAGCGCCUCUGCAACCUGGGGCUCAUGGCGUGCGACGACGUGGUGCCGAAGCGGCCGUACGUGGAGCCGCACGAGCUGAUCUACGCGCAGCCCGUGGCCAUCAAGCCGGUGGGGCAGCCGAUCCCGGCGGUGCCGGUGCGCGGGCCCCCCAAGAGGCUGCCGCCCCCGCCGCCCCCGCACCACAUCCCGCACAUCCCCCACAGGCCCCCGCGCCCCUACCCGCCCGUGCCCGGACCCAUCUACGGAGCGCCCAAGCCGCUGCCGCCGCCCGUCUACGAGCACGGCUUCGACGGCCCGGUGGCGUCGCUGCCGCCCCUGAGGCCGCCCACCAAGGGCCCCAUCGACGUCGUCGUCAACUCGCACAGCGGCGUGCAGCAGCACGUGCACCACCACUACCACCACGGCGAGGCGGGGGCCGCGAUCGUGAAGCCGGUGCCGCUGCUCGACCACCAGCCGGCCACCGGGCCCGCCUCCUUCUACGAGCCCGGCCACACCUACGGAACGAGCGCGCCGGGCGGCGGCUUCGCCGGCGGCAGCGGGGGAAGCUUCAGCGGCAGCUACGGCGGCAGCAGCAGCGGCAGCUUCAGCGGCGGCUACGGCGGAGUCGGCGUCGGUCCCUUCUACAAGAAGGAGCUCUCCCUCAAGGCACCUCUCAGCGGUAACGGCCUGGGCUCGUCGUACGCGGGCAGCGGCGGUGGCAGCAGCGCCGCCUACGAGACGCCUCGCGCCGACGGGGGCUACUACACGCAGGACUGCGUGUGCGUGCCGCUGGAGCAGUGCCACGAUUUCGGCCGCAAGGAAGACGGCCUGCUGAUCGACCCGCGCAACCUGCCCUCCACGAUCGAGGCCAUCGACGACGGCGCCGUCUACGUCACUGACGCCAACGGCACUGUGGUGUCCGUGACGCGCCACGCCAAGAGGGACGGAGAGGCCUCCAACGCGACUGCCGCAGACGACCAGGAGACGGGCACGAAUAGCAGGCGGCGCCGGGACGCCGAAGAGAACAGCAACGUCCAGCCGCGCCUGCUAGGCGAAGACAGCAACGUCAAGCUGAAACCCACGUUCGGAGUGUCGUUCGGUCUGCCUCAGGGAGGAGGGGGAGGUUAUCCCUUGAACCCGUUCGGUCCGAACCCUGCCAUCAACCCUUACGGCGGCUCCGUCGGUGGUCCCGGAGGCAUCAACCUCGGGCUCGUCAGUGUGAACCCGCUAGUGUCCGUGCAGGUGACCAAAGACGAGUACGGAGGCAAGGUGGUGAAGCCUCUGGUCAACCUGCACGUCACCCCCAACCCGGGCCUCGUCCACAAGCUGGGCAGCCUUCUGCACGGCGGCUUCCACAAGCCCGGCUACGGCCUCUUCCACAAGCCGGGAUUCCCCUCCUACGUUAAGCACGAUCACGACCACCACCACCAUCACGUCCACGUUUCCAAGCCUGCACCGGUCUAUCACAAACCACAUUACUACUACCCGCCCAAGCCCUACUACCCGUACAAACCAGCGCACUACUCGAAUGGCUACUACCAGUCUGGGCCCAGCUAUUACGGCCAAAAUUAUUACGACGCCUACCGCACGAACGACGACGACGUGGAGGAAGGCAGUGACGAAAGCGGCCCCUACUACUCUGAGAGUGACGGCUACGCCCCGUCUGGAGGCUACAUUGACGACGAGGAGGACGCCUACUACGGGCGCAGCGGCCGCUCCAACAUCUCCGCCCUGCCCCUGCCCCACCCCCACAACCCGGUCCCUCCCGCUGGCUCCUCCCCCGAGGCAGGGCAGACCCGGGGCAGCGGCGUGGCCUUUCCUAGUGACAGACGCAGCUUCACCGAAGCCGACGACUACGACGACAAGCGCACCAAGCGACACACUGAGCCUCCACCCUCGCAGGUGGUACACCGCCAGAAGAGACAGGCGUUUGGCGGGCGGUGCGGCCCGCGUCUGGUGUGCUGCCGCAGGCCGUCGCAGCCCGCCUACCGCCCCUCGCAGGCGGGCCAGUGCGGUCGCAGGAACGCGCACGGCAUCAACGGACGCAUCAAGACACCCGUCUACGUCGACGGCGAGAGCGAGUUCGGCGAGUACCCAUGGCAGGUGGCCAUCUUGAAGAAGGAUUCCCAGGAGAGCGUCUACGUGUGCGGUGGCACCGUUAUCGAUGAGCUGCACAUCCUCACUGCCGCCCAUUGCGUCAAGUCGUACUCGCCGUACGACCUGCGCGUGCGCGCGGGCGAGUGGGACGUGAACCACGACGUGGAGUUCUACCCGCACGUGGAGCGCGACGUGGCGCAGGUGCAGGUGCACCCCGAGUUCUACGCGGGCACGCUCUACAACGACCUGGCCGUGCUGCGCCUCGCCUCGCCGCUCGACUUGGCGCGGUCGCCGCACAUCUCGCCGGCCUGCCUGCCGCCGCCGGGCGCCGACUUCUCGGGCCAGCGCUGCUGGGCCACCGGCUGGGGCAAGGACGCCUUCGGCGACUACGGAAAAUACCAGAACAUACUCAAGGAGGUGGAGGUGCCCAUCCUGCCGUUCCACCAGUGCCAGUCGCUGCUCCAGCAGACCAGGCUCGGCUUCGACUUCCGCCUUCAUAACGGAUUCCUCUGUGCCGGAGGAGAAGAGGGCAAAGACGCCUGCAAGGGCGACGGCGGCGGCCCGCUGGUGUGCGAGCGCGGCGGCGUCUGGCACGUGGCCGGCGUCGUCAGCUGGGGCGUCGGCUGCGGCCAGCGGGGAGUCCCCGGCGUCUACGUCAACGUGGCGCGCUACAACGACUGGAUACGGCGCGCCACCGGGAAGUACUGAGGCCGCUGACCGCUCACCCACUCACACACCGUGUAAUCGUCUGCUCACACAUCGUUAAUUUAUUUGUUGCUUCAACACCAACUAUUGUUUCUGGAUUCAAGGCCGUGCCAUUGGCGAGAAAUAGAUAGUCUCAAUGCCCCGGUCUGGAAUUCGGGAGCACCAAGUACUGCAUGUUACAUGCACUCUCUAUUGUUUGUCAGUAAUUUUAAGGACUAGUAUGUACUCAAUGUUUAAAGUAAACUUUAGCCUCUAAGUCAAUUUUUAUUUGUAACUUAAUAAAACAUUUUACAAAAAAU